GUCCCGUGCCACCGUCGAGGGCCUUUCUCCUGUAAGCGUGUGUGUGGUCGAACCUUGACCUGUGGUAACCACAGCUGCAGCAAGGAAUGUCACCGUGUCACCGCGACAACCAACAAACUACAGGCGGGUCCAGAGUGUGUGGUGUGUGAGGAGGGGUGUGUUAACCCUCGCCCCCCCAGCUGUCCCCACACCUGCCUGUUGCCAUGCCACCCAGGGUCGUGCCCACCCUGCCAACAGAUGACCCGACAACGCUGUCACUGCAAGAUCUCCCUGCUCUACAUAGAGUGCCUGAAGUUCAGAAGUGCUGAAGAUGAGGCUAAAGCUGAUCUGGGUUCCUGUAAGAACCAAUGUCCUAAACAGUUGAGUUGUGGUCAUCAUUGUAAGGACCUGUGUCACCCAGGACGUUGUGAAGAGAAGUGUUCCCACAGGGUGAAACUGAAGUGCCCCUGCAAGAGGAUUAAAAAGGAGCUGCCGUGUUCUAAAGCCAUCGAGGAACAGACUCAAGUGGCGUGUGAUGAAGCAUGCAAAGCCCUGCGGAGAAAGGCCAACGAGGUGAAAGAAGCAGAAGAGAAUGCAGCCCUGGAGGAAGAGAAGAGGAAACAGCAGGCUGAGUUGGAAGCCUUUGAGAAGCGUCAGAAGGGCAGACGUAAGAAGCGAGGGAAGAGAGGAGGAGGGGAGGAAGAGGAGGAGGCAGAGGGUGGUUGGAGGAGGUAUAGAACGGUGGUCAUGCUGCCUCUGUGUGGAGUUCUGCUUGCUGCUGUCACUUUCUAUCUCAUACAGCUGGGUUAGAUACACACACCAUCACACACACACCAUCACAUAUACACCAUCACAUAUACACCAUCACACACACCAUCACACCAUC